GCAGGUAUGAAUCAACCGCGUAUUUUCAAGCUGAGUACAGGACCUUGAAUAAUCACAUCACUGUAAAUGUUGGGCUGUGAUUGUAGUGAUGAUGAUCUUGAUAGAUUACUUGAAAUUGAUGAAGAAGUAAAGUAUGAAAAUCAACAAUUACCGAUUGUCGACUUGGACACAAAUAACCGCUCCCCAAAUCCUAGCCAUAAGAGAACUCUAUCACUGGAUAUAGAGCAAUGUAGCUCAUCAAAAAUAUUAAAGACAUUAGUGGCUGACCAUGAGGAGGACAAGCUCCAAGAUAAUAUUCGGCCAUGUACAUCUAUACCAACAAAUGGUGGUCUAUUGAAAAGGAUUCCAUUGGUCGGGGAUUAUGUUUCAUUGACGUUUGAUAGUGGUGAACGAUUUUAUCUGAGUUUUGGUGAAUCCGACAUUGAUGAUUUACCUGAUAAAUUUAACAGGUAUUCUUGUAACUAUGAAUCAUCAGAUUUGGUGUAUAAAGCUGAGGAACUUCUGAAGAAUUCCAAGUCUAACAUGAUCAGUGCACAAAUCGGAGAGAAACACGGAGAAUCUGGUUUCGCACAGCUAUGGACUACAAAAUAUUCCCCAUCUACUUAUUUAGACUUGAUAUCGGAUGAGACUACUAAUCGAACUCUCCUCAGGUGGUUGAAAGCCUGGGACCCAUAUGUAUUCGGGACACCAGUACCUAAAACUCAAGUUAAGUCAAACCCGAAUCCAGGGCUGGUACCAUACAAGUCGAAUGAUAUUGAAGCUAAAGCUGGUGAAAUUAAUCCUCGUGAUGGACUACCUCUAUAUAGACUGGUGUUAAUUUCUGGACCUCCAGGUUUAGGAAAAACUACUCUUGCUCACUUGUUGGCACAGCAUGCUGGAUAUCAAGUAGUUGAAAUAAAUGCGAGCGAUGAUCGUAGUUUAGGUGUACUACGUGAUCGUUUAACGGCAGUCGUUUCUAGUUCAACCAGUUUAAAUACGUCAAAGAAGACAAGUUUUGGUAAUCAUGGAACAAAGCUUAAGCCGUGUUGUUUGAUCAUGGAUGAAAUAGACGGAGCUAUGCCUGUAGUAGUUGAACUAUUAGCGAAUGCUGCGAAAAAUACUUUGUCGUCUAAUACUGAACGACAACAACAGCGAAAUAGACGUGCUAAUCCUCCAUUAGUUUUACGUCGUCCUGUUAUCUGUAUAUGUAAUGAUCUAUAUUCUCCAUCGAUUCGAGCGUUACGAGCUCCCGGAAUACCUUGCUUAACUAUACGUAUACCUAUUGUUGACUUAGGUCGAUUGGUUUCUAGACUUGAUUUAAUAACUAAAACAGAAGGAUUAUCUCUUGACAAGAUAACCCUUACACAAUUGGUAGAAAUGUCUGAUCGAGAUAUUCGUUCGUGUUUAAAUACAUUGCAAUUCUUGAAUUCAGUGAAAUCUUUAGGUAAUAAUAUAAACCAUAAAUCAGGUUGUUUGUCAGUGAAUGAUAUCUUAUCACUGUCCCAAUUUCAUAACGGUGGUCUGAAAGAUGUUCAGAAAAGUGUAUUUGAUGUGUGGAAAGCUGUAUUUACCAUUCCUUCAUCUCGUUUACUUUCAAAUCGAAGAAUAACCAGGUCUGAAUGCAAUAAUAAUAAUAAUACAAGGAGAAGAUAUGGUAAAAAUCAUGAUACUCAAUCUGCUAGACUGGCCUAUAUAAUGGACGUUACAGAAGCUUCUACUGAUCAUCAACAAAUCACACUGGGUAUAUUUGAGAAUUAUCUUUAUGGUCAUUUAAAGGAUGCUACCUUACGAGUAGCUUGUCAGGCAUCUGAGUGGUUUGUGUUUGACGAUUUGCUUAACGCUUGUGUACAAACUAAAUCGAAUUAUUCACUCCUACGUUAUGCUAAUUUCUUGCCUUGCUGGUUUCAUAUGGCUUUAGCUACACCAUCAGGUCUUUUCAACAAAUUUACUACUGCUAAUAACACAUCAACCGGAAAUGUCAAAUAUGUAGGCGGUUUACGUUGGCCUUCUACUCCUUUGGAAACUGCUGCCACUCGUUCACAUUAUUUGGGAAUAUUGGAUCAGUUAUAUUCAAACCAAUGGAACCUACCUCAAUGUAAAUCUGAUAAGUCUGUCAGUAAUUUUAACAGUUUUCGAUUUCUACCACGUCGUCAUUUUUUAUUAGAUAUGGCACCUACUUUAAUUACUCUUUUGAGUAUGAUCGCUUCCACUCUUCGGCCGUUGAGUGCACAGUUGUAUAAUCAACAUGAGAAAUUAGCGCUUGACAAUUUAGUCAAUUUAAUGUUAAAUCUUGGUUUGAAUUUGUUAGCAGAACAGGAUUCUGAGAGUAACGAAGUUCAAUAUCAACUUAAUCCGCCGUUAGAUCUUGUUGCUUGUUUCACAAAGACAAGUAGUUUGAAGUCACUUGGAUAUGCUACUAAACAGUUUAUUGCACGUGAGUUAGAAAUUGAAAGAGUUCGACGUUCUGAAUCAAUGAUUAAUCGAAAUGUUAAUAAGUCAGAAGCUUGUAAUGCCACCACCAAAUCGGAUUCCAAACCAUCACUCGAGAGUUUAAUGGAUACUGUAUCACAAAAAUCAAAACUUAUUGGUACAAAAAGUUCAAAGGUAUGGUAAAUUUAACAUUCAUAAUUAUGUAACUUAAGCAAAUAUUGAUGUUCAUAGCUUUUUAUAAUGUUCACUCAAUUUGCUAUUUAGAUCACUUAGGUAUUUUUUCUGACAUUUAUAUGUGAAAUUAAUGUAUAAUGAAAAGUAAAUAAAAACCAAAGCAUAUCUUCUCAUUACUUGUAAAAUGUGUCUGAUAUAGAUAAAAAAUAGUUCAGUUUAAUGAAAUGAUUACUUGUUGGUUAUCUUCCUGUAACUUAGAUACCUGUCUCAACAUUAAUAGAAAUUAUUAACUCCUAUACACAUAAAUUUAAUAAUCCUAACUAUUUAUAUUUUUUGUGGUGUAUUAGUGUCCAGCUAUCUUCAUUUCAUUAAAAAAAUUAUUUGAGGAGUGAUAUAGACACAGAUGUAAACAUUAGGUUAGUAAUUCAUCCUUUUCAAUCAUCAUAAACUCGGAAUUUUUCUAAAGUUCUAAGAUUAAAUUACAUAGAAAACUACUUCGCCAUUAGAAGUUUAUAGUUAUAUACAUGGUUAAUAUCAUAAUUCAUUUACCAAACAUGAAUUAAUAUACUCAACUGUGUGUAUGAAGGAUAAUCUUACUUUAUGGUUGAUAAACUGAGUUAAUUGAAAGGGAAUUCAUAAUAACAACUAAAAGUCAAUUACCUAAAAUACUUAUUAUCUAAUUUAAAUAUAUGGUAAAGUUAUAUUAAACUUUUGAUAACUGUACUAUCCCUACAAUUUCAGCUUUACUGGUUUUUUUUUCGCAAUAAAACUAUAUGCCUACAUAUCUAAUCAUGUGCAUAUUGGAAUCAAAAUAUUGCACUGACAUGUACUUUGAAGUAAUUUCUAACCUGGGGCUGACAUUAAUAAUGUUUAGCGGGAAGUUGUCAGUUAUUAUAUGCUUGUUUUCUUGGUUGUGAAUAUUUCGUAAUUUAUUAAUAUCCUAGGACAUGUUUCAGCGGUCGUUGUCCACGGUUCUGAACGAAGAUCGUGGUUGUUAACAUAAUAAAUAACAAUUUCAUACUUGUUUUCUAUUCCUGAUAGUCUUAAUUUGGCUAGGUUGUUUUUCUGACAAACUUUUGACCGCUAUAUGGAUCUUAUCCAAUGGAGUUGUCCUUAAUCUCUCGUAGAACCAUGUUUAAAUUGUUUGAGUUCAAAAAUUUUAGCGCUUGAUCAAACGUUUGUUUUCCCGACUUUCCUAGGUGAAAAAAGAUUUCUUUGGACGCAUAAUCAAUGAAAAAAUGAAUAUUUCUAGUACUGUGAAUACAACUGAAGAUUGCGGUGAGCAAACAGAGUCCAUUGUCGACCGAGAUAUUUACUACCGCUUUAAGGAGGGCUACUCAAAUGCAGUCCGACGACCGGUUACUAUGAAAGAAUUCUUGUAAAUGAACUUGGAGCUUUUACAAACAUUUUAAGUAUAGUUGCAGAGUAAAA